CCACUGCGAGCACCCACUCUGUGCAUUUGCUCUGAUUUGGGCAUAUUUCCUUCUUCUCCUAAGCAGAUAGCAGCUCACCUUGGUUAAUACCAUUAAACCGUAGACCACUCAGCUGCUAAUAAACCAAGAAGAAACCCAGCCGUGCCAGGCCUAGAAAUGUCCAUCCCUGCCCCCAACCCCCUUAAGACAGUGACUAGGCCAGAAUUCUCCUGGUUGAUAAAUGAGAGGAGCUGAGGAGCCGCUGUGAUGACGGUUCCGAGAAUCUGAUUUGUGAGAAGGCGAAUCUCCAGGAGCACCAUGGAGAUGCUUUUGGAAAGCGGGCCAGCCUACCUGCCGGAAGGAGGACGAGAGAAAGGGGGCAAGGCAGAAAGAAACGCUUAAGCGAGAUGGCCUGGAGGUGCUCAAAAGGGGACAUCUGAAAAGGAAACGGAGGCCGCAUCUCGGGGAAACCUCGGAGGAACAGGAAGCCACCCACCACCAUGAGCAGCACUCUGUCACCCACAGACUUCGACAGCUUGGAGAUCCAGGGCCAGUAUAGUGACAUCAACAACCGCUGGGACCUGCCCGACUCAGAUUGGGACAAUGACAGCAGCUCAGCCCGCCUCUUUGAGAGGUCCAGAAUUAAGGCCCUGGCAGAUGAACGAGAAGCCGUGCAGAAGAAAACCUUCACCAAGUGGGUGAACUCCCACCUGGCCCGGGUGACAUGCCGGGUGGGAGACCUGUACAGCGACCUGCGGGACGGGCGCAACCUCCUGAGGCUCCUGGAGGUGCUCUCGGGAGAGACCCUGCCAAAGCCCACAAAGGGCCGGAUGCGGAUCCACUGCCUGGAGAAUGUGGAUAAAGCCCUGCAGUUCCUGAAGGAGCAGAAAGUACAUCUGGAAAACAUGGGCUCCCAUGACAUUGUGGAUGGAAACCACCGUCUGACCCUUGGGCUGGUGUGGACCAUCAUCCUUCGAUUCCAGAUCCAGGACAUCAGUGUGGAGACAGAAGACAACAAGGAGAAGAAGUCAGCCAAGGACGCUCUGCUGCUGUGGUGCCAGAUGAAGACUGCAGGGUAUCCCAAUGUCAAUGUGCACAACUUUACCACCAGUUGGAGAGAUGGGCUGGCCUUUAAUGCCAUUGUGCACAAGCACCGGCCAGACCUGCUGGAUUUUGAGUCCCUGAAGAAAUGUAAUGCACACUACAAUCUGCAGAAUGCUUUCAAUCUGGCUGAAAAGGAACUCGGCCUGACCAAGCUCCUGGAUCCUGAAGAUGUGAAUGUGGAUCAGCCUGAUGAGAAGUCAAUCAUCACCUACGUGGCCACUUACUACCACUACUUCUCUAAGAUGAAGGCCCUGGCUGUGGAAGGCAAAAGAAUUGGCAAGGUCCUGGACCAUGCCAUGGAGGCAGAACACCUGGUAGAGAAAUAUGAGUCCCUGGCCUCUGAGCUGCUGCAGUGGAUUGAACAAACGAUUGUGACCCUCAAUGACAGGCAACUGGCCAACUCCCUGAACGGAGUCCAGAACCAGCUGCAGUCUUUCAACUCCUAUCGCACUGUGGAGAAGCCACCCAAGUUCACAGAGAAAGGGAACUUGGAGGUGUUGCUCUUCACCAUCCAGAGCAAGCUGCGGGCCAACAACCAGAAGGUCUACACGCCGCGUGAAGGCCGGCUCAUCUCUGACAUCAACAAGGCCUGGGAGCGGCUAGAGAAAGCCGAACAUGAGCGAGAGCUGGCCCUGCGCACAGAGCUGAUCCGCCAGGAGAAGCUAGAGCAACUGGCUGCUCGCUUCGACCGCAAGGCUGCCAUGCGGGAAACCUGGCUCAGUGAGAACCAGCGCCUCGUGUCCCAGGACAACUUUGGGCUGGAGCUGGCAGCAGUGGAGGCCGCAGUGCGGAAGCAUGAAGCCAUCGAGACAGACAUUGUGGCCUACAGUGGCCGGGUACAGGCAGUGGAUGCCGUGGCUGCAGAACUGGCUGCUGAGCACUACCAUGACAUCAAACGCAUCGCAGCCCGGCAGCACAAUGUAGCCAGGCUCUGGGACUUCUUACGGCAGAUGGUGGCUGCCCGCCGUGAGCGACUACUUCUAAACCUGGAGCUGCAGAAAGUGUUUCAGGACCUGCUCUACCUCAUGGACUGGAUGGCAGAGAUGAAGGGCCGGCUGCAGUCUCAGGACCUGGGCAAGCACCUGGCUGGAGUGGAGGACUUGCUGCAGCUACACGAGCUGGUGGAAGCCGACAUCGCAGUGCAGGCUGAGAGGGUGCGAGCAGUCAGCGCCUCCGCCCUGCGCUUCUGUGACCCAGGGAAAGAGUAUAGACCAUGUGACCCACAGCUGGUGUCAGAGAGGGUGGCCACUCUGGAGCAGAGCUAUGAGGCCCUGUGUGAGUUGGCAGCAACUCGAAGGGCCCGUCUGGAAGAGUCACGUCGUCUCUGGAGGUUCCUCUGGGAAGUGGGUGAGGCUGAGGCCUGGGUGCGGGAGCAGCAGCACCUCCUGGCCUCAGCUGAGACAGGCCGGGACCUGACCGGUGUCCUCCGCCUGCUCAACAAGCACACAGCCCUUCGGGGUGAGAUGAGUGGCCGUCUGGGGCCCCUGAAGCUCACCCUGGAACAAGGCCAGCAGUUGGUUGCUGAGGGCCACCCUGGAGCCAACCAAGCCUCAACCCGUGCAGCAGAGCUCCAGGCCCAAUGGGAGCGGCUGGAGGCUCUGGCUGAGGAGCGAGCCCAGCGGCUAGCACAGGCUGCUAGCCUCUACCAGUUCCAGGCAGAUGCAAAUGACAUGGAUGCCUGGUUGGUGGAUGCACUACGCCUGGUAUCCAGCCCUGAGGUAGGGCAUGAUGAGUUCUCCACACAGGCCCUGGCCAGGCAGCACCGGGCCCUUGAGGAGGAGAUCCGAGCCCACCGGCCCACACUGGAUGCCUUGAGGGAACAGGCUGCAGCCCUGCCACCUGCACUGAGCCAUACACCUGAAGUUCAGGGCAGGGUGCCCACUCUGGAGCAGCACUAUGAGGAGCUGCAGGCCCGGGCGGGUGAGCGUGCACGAGCCUUGGAGGCAGCCCUGGCAUUCUAUACCAUGCUCAGCGAGGCCGGGGCCUGUGGGCUCUGGAUAGAGGAGAAGGAGCAGUGGCUCAAUGGGCUGGCCCUACCUGAGCGCCUGGAGGACCUGGAGGUGGUACAGCAGAGGUUUGAGACUUUGGAGCCUGAAAUGAAUGCCCUGGCUGCACGGGUUACUGCUGUAAAUGACAUUGCUGAGCAGUUGCUGAAGGCUAAUCCACCAGGCAAGGACCGCAUCAUCGGCACCCAGCAGCAGCUCAACCACAGGUGGCAACAGUUUCGGUCGCUGGCAGAUGGCAAGAAGGCAGCUCUGACAUCAGCCCUGAGCAUCCAGAAUUACCACCUAGAGUGCACAGAGACCCAGGCCUGGAUGAGAGAGAAGACCAAGGUCAUUGAGUCCACCCAAGGCCUGGGUAAUGAUCUGGCUGGUGUGCUAGCCCUGCAGCGGAAACUGGCAGGCACUGAGAGAGAUCUGGAAGCCAUCUCUGCCCGGGUCGGUGAGCUGACCCAAGAGGCAAAUGCCUUGGCUGCUGGUCACCCAGCCCAAGCCCCUGCCAUCAACACCCGGCUUGGAGAGGUACAAGCUGGCUGGGAGGAUCUUCGGGCCACCAUGCGGCGCAGAGAAGAGUCCCUGGGUGAGGCUCGGAGGCUGCAGGACUUCCUGCGCAGCUUGGAUGAUUUCCAGGCCUGGCUAGGCCGCACUCAGACUGCUGUAGCCUCUGAAGAAGGGCCAGCUACCCUGCCCGAGGCAGAAGCCCUCUUAGCCCAGCAUGCAGCCCUGCGGGGAGAGGUGGAGCGAGCCCAGAGCGAGUACAGCCGCCUCAGGACCUUGGGCGAGGAGGUGACCAGAGACCAGGCUGAUCCCCAAUGCCUCUUCCUCAGGCAGAGGCUGGAAGCCCUUGGAACCGGCUGGGAGGAGCUGGGCCGCAUGUGGGAGAGUCGGCAAGGCCGCUUGGCUCAGGCCCAUGGCUUCCAGGGGUUUUUGAGAGAUGCUCGCCAGGCUGAGGGUGUGCUCAGCAGCCAGGAAUAUGUUUUGUCUCACACGGAGAUGCCAGGGACACUCCAGGCUGCAGAUGUGGCCAUUAAAAAGCUGGAAGACUUCAUGAGCACCAUGGACGCCAAUGGAGAGCGCAUCCGUGGACUCCUGGAGGCUGGACGCCAGCUGGUGUCCAAAGGCAACAUCCAUGCUGAGAAGAUUCAAGAGAAGGCAGAUUCCAUUGAGAAGAGACACAGAAAGAAUCAGGAGGCAGUGCAGCAGCUUUUGGGCCGCCUUCGGGACAACCGAGAGCAGCAGCACUUCUUGCAAGACUGUCAAGAGCUGAAACUCUGGAUUGAUGAGAAGAUGCUGACAGCUCAGGAUGUGUCCUAUGAUGAGGCCCGAAACCUGCACACCAAGUGGCAGAAGCACCAGGCAUUCAUGGCUGAGCUGGCAGCCAACAAGGACUGGCUGGACAAAGUGGACAAGGAAGGGCGGGAGCUGACUCUUGAAAAGCCAGAACUCAAAAUCCUAGUGUCAGAGAAGCUGGGAGACCUGCACAGGCGCUGGGAUGAACUGGAGACCACCACCCAAGCCAAGGCCCGAAGCCUUUUUGAUGCCAACCGGGCAGAGCUAUUUGCCCAAAGCUGUUCUGCUCUGGAAAGCUGGCUGGAGAGCCUGCAGGCCCAGCUGCACUCAGAUGACUAUGGCAAGGACCUCACCAGCGUCAACAUUCUACUAAAGAAGCAACAGAUGCUGGAACGAGAGAUGGCUGUGAGAGAGAAGGAGGUGGAGGCGAUCCAGGCCCAGGCAAAGGCCCUGGCCCAGGAAGACCAGAGUGCAGGGGAGGUAGAAAGGACCUCAAGGGCUGUGGAGGAGAAGUUCAGGGCCCUGUGCCAACCCAUGGAGGAACGCUGCCGGCGCUUGCAAGCCUCCCGAGAGCAGCAUCAGUUCCACCGGGAUGUGGAGGAUGAGAUAUUGUGGGUGACUGAGCGGCUACCCAUGGCCAGCUCUAUGGAACAUGGCAAGGACUUGCCCAGCGUCCAGCUUCUCAUGAAGAAAAACCAGACCCUGCAGAAGGAGAUCCAGGGCCAUGAGCCCCGGAUUGCAGACCUCAAAGAGAGGCAGCGUGCUUUGGGAGCAGCAGCAGCAGGUCCAGAGCUGGCUGAGCUCCAGGAAAUGUGGAAACGCCUGAGCCAUGAGCUAGAGCUUCGGGGUAAGCGACUAGAAGAAGCCCUUCGAGCCCAGCAAUUCUAUCGUGAUGCUGCAGAGGCCGAGGCUUGGAUGGGUGAGCAGGAGUUACACAUGAUGGGACAGGAGAAAGCCAAGGACGAACUGAGUGCCCAGGCAGAAGUGAAGAAGCAUCAGGUAUUGGAACAAGCCCUUGCCGACUAUGCUCAGACCAUCAAACAACUAGCAGCUAGCAGCCAAGAUAUGAUUGACCAUGAACACCCAGAGAGCACAAGGCUAACAAUCCGCCAAGCCCAGGUGGACAAGUUGUACGCCAGCCUGAAGGAGCUGGCGGGAGAGCGGCGGGAGCGCCUGCAGGAGCACCUCCGGCUGUGCCAGCUCCGCAGAGAGCUGGAUGACCUGGAACAGUGGAUACAGGAGCGCGAAGUGGUGGCGGCCUCCCAUGAGCUGGGCCAGGACUAUGAGCAUGUGACUAUGCUCCGGGACAAAUUCCGAGAGUUCUCCCGGGACACCAGCACCAUUGGCCAGGAGCGUGUAGACAGUGCCAAUGCACUGGCCAAUGGGCUCAUUUCUGGGGGCCAUGCUGCACGGGCCACUGUGGCUGAGUGGAAGGACAGUCUCAACGAGGCCUGGGCUGACUUGCUGGAGCUGCUGGACACAAGAGGUCAGGUGCUGGCUGCUGCUUAUGAGCUGCAGCGUUUCCUGCAUGGGGCCCGUCAAGCCCUGGCACGGGUACAGCACAAGCAACAGCAGCUUCCAGAUGGGACUGGCCGUGACCUCAAUGCUGCUGAGGCCCUGCAGCGCCGGCACUGUGCCUAUGAGCAUGACAUCCAAGCCCUCAGCACCCAGGUCCAGCAGGUUCAGGACGAUGGCCACAGGCUACAGAAGGCCUAUGCUGGAGACAAGGCCGAGGAAAUUGGUCGUCACAUGCAGGCAGUGGCUGAGGCCUGGGCCCAGCUCCAGGGAAGUUCCGCUGCCCGUCGUCAGCUCUUACUGGACACUACGGAUAAGUUCCGUUUCUUCAAGGCUGUCCGGGAGUUGAUGCUUUGGAUGGAUGGGAUUAACCUGCAGAUGGAUGCCCAGGAGCGGCCCCGGGAUGUAUCUUCUGCAGAUUUAGUCAUCAAGAACCAACAAGGCAUCAAAGCAGAGAUAGAGGCCAGAGCAGACCGCUUCUCCUCCUGCAUUGACAUGGGGCAGGAGCUGCUGGCCCGGAGCCACUAUGCUGCUGAGGAGAUCUCAGAGAAGCUCUCCCAGCUACAGUCCAGGCGCCAGGAGACAGCUGACAAGUGGCAGGAGAAGAUGGACUGGCUGCAGCUUGUUUUGGAGGUGCUUGUGUUUGGGAGAGAUGCAGGGAUGGCAGAGGCCUGGCUAUGCAGCCAGGAGCCAUUAGUUCGAAGUGCAGAGCUGGGUUGCACCGUGGAUGAAGUAGAGAGCCUCAUCAAGCGACAUGAAGCCUUCCAGAAGUCAGCAGUGGCCUGGGAGGAACGUUUUAGCGCACUGGAGAAGCUCACUGCGCUGGAAGAGCGGGAGAAGGAGCGGAAGAGAAAAAGGGAGGAAGAGGAACGGAGCAAACAGCCCUCUACUCCAGAGCCCACGGCCAGUCGGCCUGAAGGGAGUCUGGUAGAUGGCCAGACGGCUCCUGACACUGCCUGGGAUGGAACCCAGUCACAACUGCCACCAUCCACACAAGCACCCAGUAUUAACGGGGUCUGCACAGACACAGAGUCUUCACAGCCCCUGUUCGAACAGCAAAGACUUGAACAGAGCAGUGUCCCAGAAGGGCCUGGAUCUGGCACAGGGGACGAGUCCAGUGGGCCCCAGGGAGAGAGGCAGACCCGGCCCCGGGGCCCUGCCCCUUCUCCAAUGCCCCAGAGCAGAUCAUCUGAAUCAACCCAUGUUGCCACCUUGCCCACACGAGGCCCUGAGCUCUCUGCUCAGGAACAGAUGGAAGGGAUGCUGUGCCGCAAACAGGAGAUGGAGGCCUUCAACUAGAAAGCCGCCAACAGGUCCUGGCAGAAUGUGUACUGUGUCCUUCGGCGUGGAAGCCUCGGCUUUUACAAGGAUGCCAGGGCAGCUAGUGCAGGAGUGCCAUACCAUGGCGAAGUGCCUGUCAGUCUGGCCAGGGCCCAGGGCAGCGUGGCCUUGGACUACCGGAAACGCAAGCAUGUCUUCAAGCUGGGCUUACAGGAUGGCAAAGAAUACUUAUUCCAGGCCAAGGAUGAGGCAGAGAUGAGCUCAUGGCUGAGAGUGGUGAAUGCAGCCAUUGCCACUGCAUCCUCUGCCUCUGGAGAGCCAGAAGAGCCAGUGGUGCCCAGUGCCAGCCGAGGUCUGACUCGGGCCAUGACCAUGCCCCCGGUGUCACAGCCUGAGGGCUCCAUCGUGCUUCGCAGCAAGGACGGCAGAGAAAGAGAGCGAGAAAAACGAUUCAGCUUCUUUAAGAAGAACAAGUAGUUGGGGGCAUGACUCCCAGGCUAGCUCCCUCCUUCCAUUAAGGAAACUGCCAGGGACUAUCGACAGAGACCGCCCUCUUGUCAGGACAACUGCCUGCUGCUAGGGUCUGCUGCUAAGGUCAGCCCAUCACCAGGAACUGUCACUGGGGACAAACGAGUGUUCCCACAAACAACCUUCUCUUCUUCUAUUUAAUUCACCUGGUGGUGGAACCCAGGCACCCCUAUUAUCACUCUUCCCACCUUGUCACCUCUUCCCAAGCCUUAUGCCUCCACCCCCACCAUGGUGCAGAGAGUGUCACCCUCAAUGUGGGCUAUGUGGGAACCACUGUCCCUGCCUCAGGGUCACUGUGCCACCAUAGCUAGGGUGUGCCAUCCACCAUCCAGUUCUUUGCCUCUGGGGUCAGCCAGGACCCUCUCAGAGCUGAAGCAGGACCCGAGGGCAGGAGCACCAGAGGAUGGAGUCGGAGGCAUUGAAGCCUUCCCUGCCUAGCCUGCGUCACCCUCUGGCUCAGGUGGCUGCUCCUCCAGCCACUCGAGGUGGCUCCCAAGUGUGAGUUGUUCAGGAGUAGCCACAUCCUUGAGUCUAUCCAAGGAGGUGAUUAAACAGCUCAGCUUCUC